UAAUUAUACGGUUUCUGAACGUUUCUCUAUGGAAGAAAACGCCAACGAAAUUCUUGUUGAAAGUCAUUUCAACCAGCGAGAUACUUUUAGAGAAUCUUGACCGGCCGGAGAUUCCUGAGCGAAGAAGAUCUCAUCCAAAACGGUUGGGGUGGAGUUCAUCUAUCUUGUGUUCACUUCAUUGGUUUACAAGAAUCAAUUCAAACUUUUACAUUCCUGUGAUUCCGGCUACAACAAAAAUGGUUGGAUUCAAAGCUAGUGAAGUACCCCCCACGGCCGCUGUGAAGUUUAUUGGUGCAGGAACUGCAGCCUGCAUUGCGGACCUCUUCACAUUUCCACUGGACACUGCAAAAGUUCGGCUUCAGAUUCAAGGGGAGACCAAAGGUCCUGCUAACACCUGCCAUGGUCCAGUGAAGUAUCGUGGAGUGUUUGGUACGAUCAGCACCAUGGUGCGUGUUGAGGGGCCACGCAGUCUCUAUAGCGGGCUGGUUGCGGGACUGCAGCGUCAAAUGAGCUUUGCCUCUGUACGCAUUGGGCUUUAUGAUUCUGUCAAGCAGUUCUACACCAAAGGCUCUGAUCAUGUAGGGAUUGGCAGUCGGCUGAUGGCAGGCUGUACUACUGGAGCCAUGGCAGUUGCUGUGGCCCAACCCACUGAUGUGGUGAAGGUCCGAUUUCAGGCUCAGAACAGCUCUGGGGCCAAUAAACGUUACCAUGGCACUAUGGAUGCAUAUCGGACCAUUGCAAAGAAAGAGGGGAUUCGUGGUUUGUGGAAAGGAACUGGCCCAAACAUCACCCGCAAUGCCAUUGUAAACUGCACUGAGCUGGUGACUUAUGACCUCAUCAAAGAUGCACUUCUGAAAUCAUCACUGAUGACCGAUGAUCUUCCCUGCCACUUUACAUCUGCAUUUGGGGCUGGUUUCUGCACCACAAUUAUUGCUUCUCCUGUGGAUGUUGUGAAGACGAGAUACAUGAACUCCGCCAAUGGCCAGUACAGCAGCGCCCUCAACUGUGCCGUAGCCAUGCUGACUAAAGAGGGACCAAAGGCUUUUUACAAGGGAUUCAUGCCAUCUUUUCUGAGGCUGGGUUCCUGGAACGUGGUUAUGUUUGUCACCUAUGAGCAGCUUAAAAGGGCCCUGAUGACCGCUCGCCAAAACUGGGUCACUCUUUAAUCUGCAAAUGCAGCUAGUUGAGCUUUGCUGAUGUGGUACUGAUUGUUGGUUUCUGUAUGACUUGAUUUUAGUUUUUAUGUAUGAUUUUGUUUACAUGUCCAUUAAACAACUUUACUUGA